AUGGCUGAUGUUUCUGAUCUAACAAUCCAAGGCUCGAAAUUUAAAGAAUGGAGUCUGAUAGAGGGAAUUUGCAAUGUGAGGUACCAGCAACAGUUGGUGGAGAAUCACACUAUAACUGGUCAAAAGAAGCUUAUGUUGUCCGUGACAUAUCGUAGAAAACGCUUGGUAGUUGCGUGCCGCGGACAGUCGCUUGAAUCUGAACCAAACGCUUAUGAACCCAAGAAUAUUUGGAAUUCAAUUAUAAAUUUUUUGGAUGCCUUUUAUAGGUUUUCAAGGCCUCACACAAUUAUAGGAACAGUUAACAUAGUUUCAUUUUCUUUACUUGUAGUGCAGAAGCUUUCAGAUUUUUCUCCUAUGUUUUUCACUGGAAUGUUAGAGGCCAUUAUUGCUGCUCUUAUCAUGAAUAUAUACAUCGUAGGUUUGAAUAAGAUAUCUGACAUAGAGAUAGACAAGGUCAAUAAACCAUAUCUUCCUCUCGCAUCUGGGGAAUAUUCUACUGGAACUGGUAUCUUCAUUGUUACGUCAUUUGCCAUAUUGAGUUUUUGGCUGUGGUCAGGUGGGUCAUGGCCCUUAUUCUAGGCUCUUUCUGUCAGCUUUGUGCUUAGUACAACAUAUUCCAUAAAUCUGCCUAAGUUGAGAUGGAAGAGAUAUGUUGUUGUUGCAGCAAUAUGUAUCCUCGUGGUUUGGGCUAUAAUUUUUCAAAUUGCAUUUUAUUUGUGUGUGACCUUGUAUUUUAUUUUAUUUUAUUUUUUUGGACGCAAAACUUCCUAUUCUGAAAAUGACAUUGACUUAGAGGUCGGAAAGGCCAUAACAGGUGCUUCAGUUUCCAAGGAAAUUGCUGAAAUUGAGGAAGUUUCAGGUGUGACUAAGAUACUUUCAUACAAUGUAUGUGUGGUUCAAAGAAGAAUUAGAGGUGCAUAA